AGUCUGAAAAGAAGUAUGUUUCCCCGCAAUCCACACAAUCCUACAGAUUUUGUUUGCAAUCUCUGAAUCACGGUCUCAGGACCGUCCAACGUACAGAAUCUAUGGAGGACGUGAGAUUAGAGUGUAGAACAAAUUUUCCAACAGCUUUUUCUUUUCUCUUUAUCUUUUUCCUUUUGUUUUUUGUUUUUUAGUUCAGCUUCUUUAUCAGUGAAAUCUGCUGUUUCUGCUUCUCAGAGCACCCACUGAACGUUUCUGUUCCGUCUUGGCAGUGCCUCAGUCCCAGACUUCUUCAAAAGCACGAGUCUCUCUCUUCGUCUCUCUCAGAAACCAUUCUUCAACACCCUGAAACUGUCUAAUCCGGCCUCCUCUGUUUUCUCUCUUUCUUUCUCUGCAUUCUUUUAUUGUCUUUGGCCUGGAAAUUCUGCAAAACUCUCCAUGUUGUAGUCGCAAUGUCGACCGUAGAAAUGGCCCACCACAUCGAUUUGGAACAAGGGGGUCACCGCCGUUCCGGAAGUGACGGUAGCGUCUGCUUCACAGACGCCGACGAGGGCUCGUGCUAUUCCCAGUUCUAUUCCACGAAUGGCGGGUCUUACGAUGAGUACAGCUUCGCCUGUGUUUAUGAUCCUGAGAUCGGGAAAGUCUCGGUCUCUCGGAGGGACUCUUUGUCUUCAUCCUCGGAGUGCUCGGUGGAGGUGGAGAAUGAGAGUGGGGUCCCCGAAAUCAAGGUGCAUUUGGCUAAAGCCGAGAGAGACUGUAGGAUUUGUCAUCUUGGGUUGGAGAGUAAUAGCCAUGAAUCCGGUGUUCCCAUAGAGUUGGGUUGCUCUUGUAAGGAUGAUUUGGGUGCAGCCCACAAAAACUGUGCUGAGGCCUGGUUCAAGAUUAAGGGAAAUAAAACAUGUGAGAUAUGCCAUUCUAUUGCCCGUAAUGUCUUCGGAUCGAUUGAGAUCGAGUCAACAGAUCAUUCAAAUGAUGCCAACGAUGCCACAACAGCAGCUGCAGUCGCACCAGUGCCCAUAGCAGAGACACGAAACUUCUGGCAUGGCCACCGGUUCCUGAAUUUCCUGCUUGCUUGCGUGGUAUUUGCAUUUGUCUUAUCAUGGCUCUUCCAUUUUAAUGUGCCAUCGUAAUAAAAUUCUGCAUAAGUACUGUUACUCAUGACUGAGGAAAGGGUUUAGAGGAAAAAGAAAACAAGUUCUGUAAAAGGGCCUGCUAAAAUUUGUUGCUACUGUUAUGGGAAUUGGGAGAGUUUCAAUGUUCAAGCCUCCCAACGUUUAUAAAGAUAAAAAUACAACUUGAUCUUCCCCUCCAUUCCUGUAGGGUUUGCUUUU